AUGUCCCCAGCCAAAGCUAUUGGUAUCGACUUGGGCACAACUUACUCUUGUGUUGGUGUUUGGCAAAAUGAUCGCGUUGAGAUCAUCGCCAACGACCAGGGAAACCGCACCACCCCCUCCUAUGUCUCCUUUUCGGAUAACGAGCGGUUGAUUGGUGAUGCUGCCAAGAACCAGGUCGCCAUGAACCCCCACAACACCGUGUUCGACGCCAAGCGUCUCAUCGGUCGUAAAUUCGACGAUGCUGAGGUACAGUCAGACAUCAAGCACUUCCCUUUCACCGUUUUCAACAAGGGUGGUAAACCCUACAUCCGAGUGGAGUACAAGGGAGAGCAGAAGGAGUUUUCUCCUGAAGAAAUCUCGUCGAUGGUUCUCCUCAAGAUGAAGGAGACCGCUGAGUCCUACUUGGGCUACAACAUCUCUGACGCUGUCGUUACCGUCCCUGCCUACUUCAACGACUCCCAGAGACAGGCUACAAAGGAUGCUGGUACCAUCUCUGGAAUGAACGUUCUUCGUAUCAUCAACGAGCCCACUGCUGCUGCCAUCGCAUACGGUCUUGAUAAGAAAGUUAUCGGUGAGCGCAACGUUCUCAUCUUCGAUCUUGGAGGAGGAACCUUCGAUGUGUCCCUUUUGACAAUCGAGGAGGGUAUCUUCGAGGUGAAGGCCACUGCCGGUGACACCCAUUUGGGUGGUGAGGACUUUGACAACCGUCUUGUCAACCACUUUGCGCAAGAGUUCAAGCGCAAGCACAAGAAGGAUCUCUCCUCCAACCCUCGCGCGCUCCGUCGUCUACGGACUUCUUGCGAGCGUGCCAAGCGCACUCUGUCGUCGGCCACCCAGACUUCCAUAGAGAUUGAUUCCCUCUUCGAGGGUAUCGACUUCUACACCUCUCUUACUCGUGCCCGUUUCGAGGAGUUGUGCGCGGACCUUUUCCGCAGCACGCUCGAGCCCGUCGAGAAGGUCCUCCGGGACUCCAAGAUCGACAAGGCAAAUGUCCACGAAAUCGUCCUUGUCGGUGGUUCCACGCGUAUCCCUCGUAUCGUCAAACUCGUAUCUGACUUCUUCAACGGCAAGGAGCCCAACAAGAGCAUCAACCCUGAUGAAGCCGUUGCCUACGGUGCUGCCGUUCAGGCUGCCAUCCUUUCCGGAGACACCUCCGAGAAGACGCAAGACCUCCUGCUUCUCGAUGUCGCUCCUCUAUCGCUCGGUAUCGAGACUGCUGGUGGUGUCAUGACCGCCCUCAUCAAGCGCAACACCACCGUCCCCACCAAGAAGUCCGAGACCUUCUCGACAUACUCGGACAACCAGCCUGGUGUCUUGAUUCAAGUGUACGAGGGUGAACGUGCACGCACCAAGGACAACAACUUGCUUGGCAAGUUUGAGCUAUCUGGCAUUCCUCCGGCACCUCGUGGUGUUCCUCAGAUUGAGGUCACGUUCGACAUUGACGCCAACGGUAUCCUGAACGUCUCCGCAUCUGACAAAACUACUGGGAAAUCAAAUCGCAUCACGAUCACCAACGACAAGGGCCGCUUGUCCGCAGAGGAGAUUGAGCGCAUGGUCAACGAAGCUGAGAGAUAUAAGGCUGAGGAUGAGGCUGCCGCUGCUCGCAUUCAGGCCAAGAACGGCCUUGAAUCAUACGCAUACAACCUCCGCAAUUCCAUCACCGACGACAAGCUUGCUGACAAGUUCGACCCCGCCGACAAGUCGAAGCUCGAGAGCUCCGUUAACGAGACUAUCUCGUGGCUGGAUGCAUCACAAGAAGCAUCGAAGGAGGAGUACGAGGGGAAGCAGAAGGAGUUGGAGAGCAUCGCCAACCCUAUCAUGCAGAGGCUCUACGGCGCUGCAGGUGGUGCUCCUGGUGGUUUCCCCGGUGCUCCAGGCGGUGCACCAGGUGGUUUCCCUGGUGCCAGCGAGGACGGUCCUUCAGUGGAGGAGGUGGACUAAAGCAGCCGCCUGUUCUCUUACUUGCCUAGUGUUUUUGUCGAGCAUUUUACGUCAUAUUUUCAUCGCAUUGCACGGUACGAGUGUGUCAUGAACAAAUAAUGUCCUUCCUAUACACUGUAUGCUACAUUAUCGCAUUUCCUAGAAUGAAUUUUUCUUUCAUCUCUCCGUCUUGUAGUGCAAACGUGCCUUUAUG